AUGUCUUUCUUCGACAUCCCCGAGCUGGCUGAGCAAGUCGGCUACCAUCUCACCUCCCGUGAUUUGACAAUCUGCAUUCGGGUCAGCAAAACCUGGAACACCAUCUUCACUCCACACUUCUGGCACACCGUCCCGCCACUCCCAAGUCCGAACGGGUCAGUCUUCUCUAAAUGGCCGUACUUUCGUCACCCCCAGUACUUUCGUCAAUUUGCACAGGAGGACUACCACGCUGCCCAACAAGAACUGGGAGGCCACCUCGACAAGGAUAACAGGAACAAUCAUCCACUACCGCCCUUUUCAAGAAAUGGGCAUUUAAUUCGAGUCUUGGGUCUUGACCAGCAUCGCCUCCGCGACCCACAGGUGCAGCGGUUUGGGUUCCGUAAGAGUCGACCUCAGUCGAGCAAAAACUCGACUAAAGCAGGACCUAUCCGUAACCCGACGGAUUUGGAGCUGUUGUAUUAUUUGCUUGGACGAUGCACAAACUUGACGCGACUGUGGCUUUUAGGAUGUAUAAAGGUCGAUGAGCUGGAGCCAUGGAAAAGGAUCGUGCGCACGGGUCUUCCAGAAACGCUCACGGAUCUCACCAUCAAACUGGAUUUGAGGAGUCUUCGGGUCUCUUCAGUCGACCCGAGCUGGAUCCACGCCCUAUCAGCAUGUGUGCAACUCCAGAGUCUGCGACUGGGAAUGAUCAACUCGGUGUCUCUUCAUCAUCUUACUUCGGCUCUCAGGAGUGGCCUCCCUAACCUCGACAGCAUUCGCCUCGACAAUUCACCGCUGGAUACUACGGAUCGGGAUAACAUGGACAUGCUUGCGGCUUCUCACACGGGCUGGCGAUCGAUUGCGAUUCCAAGAAUAGGACCGCUUGCGGUGCAGGCUUCGAUCCAGCAGUGUUCUACUCUGGAAGAAUUGGACUUGACGAUGGCGUAUGGGUUGACAAGUAGAGACAUGCAGCAGAUCUUAUCCUACAGCCACCGACUCGUCACCUUUGUUACUCUAGAACGCGACUAUCGCGACUCAUACAGCAUCAAAGAGACGACACAUAUCAUGGCAACAGACUUCAUCGACGCCGAUCCCUCCUCCAACUCCCUUAAGCCAUGGGCAUGCGAAUUAUCGCUCAAAGUCUUCCGCGCCAAGAUUUCUGGGAUCCCGAGACCGGAUAUCGUCAGGACCUUUCACGGGCACCCAGUCAAAAACGGCAUGGUACUUCAAGAAGCACACUCCGGUCAGAGUCAGGAGAUCCUACAUCGAGUGUAUGAACGUUUAGGAAGGUUGACACGACUAGAACGAUUAGAGUUGGGACAGGAAGGCAGGAACACGUUUGGCGUAACUAGGACGUUUGACGAAUCGGCUGAAGCAGAGACUUUGGAGGAUGAAGAUCAACAAUAUGACUGUCUAGACAUGAACAUCAGGAGCGGAUUACGGAUGCUGGAAGGAUUGAAGCAGCUGAGGGAGUUGAGCGUGAUGCGGAUGGCGACUUUGGUCGGAGUUAAGGAGGUACAGUGGAUGAUACAAAGUUGGCCCAAGCUGAAUCGCCUGGUUGGCUUGAAUCAUGGCAAGAGCUAUGGUGCUUACAAAUGGUUACGAGAGCAUUACCCCAAGAUUCAGUCAUUCCAAUGCGAUUGGGAUAGAAUUUUUGAAUAA